AUGGUCAAGGAUUGCAUGGAUUAUGUGAAGAAAUGUCAAGCAUGUCAAUUCCAUGCCAACUUCAUACAUCAGCCGCCGGAGCCGCUACAUCCUACAAUUGCUUCAUGGCCAUUUGAUGCGUGGGGCCUUGAUGUGGUGGGACCAAUAGCACCCAAAUCUUCUGAUGGUCAUUCUUACAUUCUUGCAGCCACAUACUACUUUUCAAAAUGGGCAGAAGUUGUACCUUUAAAGGAAGUGAAGAAAGAAAACAUAGUGAACUUUAUCAAAGUGAAUAUCAUUCAUCGGUAUGGUGUGCCGCGCUACAUCAUCACAAAUAAUAGAAAGCCAUUCUCGAACCGGUUGAUGGAUAAAUUGUGUGAAGACUUCGGUUUCAAACAAUGCAACUCUUCAAUUUACAAUGCCCCAGCCAAUGGUCUUGCGGAGAUGUUCAACAAAACUCUUUGCAACCUGUUGAAGAAAGUUGUUGGAAGAACCAAGAAAGAUUGGCAUGAAAGGAUAAAUGAAGCAUUGUGGGCUUAUCGGACGACAUACCGAACGCCUACUCAGGCUACACCAUACUCACUCGUGUAUGGCGUGGAAGCAAUCUUGCCUCUAGAAAGUCAAAUUCCAUCAUUGAGGAUGGCCGUGCAAGAGGUAUUGACUGAUGAAGAGAAUGCAAAGCUACGUCUCCAAGAGUUAAAAGCACUAGACGAAAAGAGACUCGAAGCGCAACAAUGCUUAGAGUGUUAUCAAGCUCGGCUUUCGAAUGCUUUUAACAAGAAGGAACAAGUAGCGACAAAUGUGUGGGAUAUAAGAUACGCCUUUAUGGUCCUUCCUGUUAAGACUCUCAGCGGAUGGAAUAACCUCAUCAUAAAACCGACCUGUAAUAGGGAGACCGCCGAUUUCAUGGAGAUCCCAAAGGGAAAUGGACAUUUCUCCUUGUGA